AUGCUUAAACUGAAAUCUAACCCUAAGGGCCAACUCACACCGAAAGAGCGGCGAAGGGCAGCGGAGCGCAGCGACCCGCUCGGUAGAGAAGGCGCGAGGAUUCCCGUGACUGCUCGAGAAGUCGCUGGAAUGCGCGAGAAGUCGCGGGACACCGCGCGCCAUCUCGAGCCCGCACGCGAUGAAUUCACGGGUCGUUCUAUGCGCAGUUCACUUUCAAUAAAACUCGAGGAAACUUGUGUUUAUGCAGUGAAAAUGAGUAUUUUGGAUUUAAUUAUUAUUGCACAUAUAAAAGAAGAGGAAGAGGCCGAAGACAUAAGGAGGGAAAGAUUUAAAAGAAAAAGAAACUUUUGGGUACACGACGUGUGGAAGAAAAGACAUUUGUUUGGCCAAUUUCGUACAUUUUGCACAAAUUUACAUCUGUAUCCUAGCAUUUAUUAUGACUAUUAUAAAAUGAACUAUAACAAAUUUGAAAGUUUGUUGGAAAUUCUCAGGCCACAUAUUCAAAAACAAAAUACCAAUUAUAGAUUGGCUAUUCCCGCUGAAGAAAGACUAUCGGUCUGCCUCAGAUUUCUAACUACUGCUAUCAGUUUCAAAGCGCUAGCUCACGAGUAUCAUAUGGGAUAUAGUACUGUACUUCAAAUUGUUCACGAAACUUGCUCCGCGAUAUGGAAGUAUUUACGGCCGCGUGUUAUGCCCAAACCAACAGCUGAGUUAUGGACCAAAAUAGCAAAAGAAUUUGAAACUCAAUGGAAUUUUCCUAACUGUAUAGGAGCCAUAGAUGGCAAACAUGUUAAUAUAAGAGCACCUUGGAACAGCGGCAGUCAAUUUUAUAACUAUAAAAAUUUUUUCAGUGUAGUUUUGCUAGCCAUUGCCGAUGCAAAUUAUCGAUUCGUUGUAGUCGACAUUGGAGCAUAUGGUCGCAAUAGUGAUAGUGGCAUUUUAAGCAGCUCCAGAUUAGGACAAUCAUUGAAUAAUAAUACACUGGAUAUACCACCUAAUAAAUGUUUGCCAGGUACGACAGAAGCAUUGCCACAUGUUUUUGUUGGAGAUGAGGCUUUUCCGUUACACAAACACAUAAUGAGACCUUUUCCUGGAAACCAAGUGUCGACAGACGUCGAGAAGAAAAUAUUUAAUUAUCGCCUGAGCCGUGCAAGACGUAUUGUAGAGAGCAGUUUCGGAAUACUAACACAAAAGUUUGAGGUUUUUCAAAAGAGAAUUAGAAUGCAACCCAAAUACCUAGACAUUUUGAUAUUAGCGUGCACUUGUUUACAUAAUUACCUAAGAAAUGAUGAAAUAUUUGAAAACAUAAAUGAAACAGUGCCAAUAAAUAGUAUAUUACAAAAUAUUCAAGAGGGUUCAGUUUCCCAAGAAAAUGCUAUGUGUAUAAGAGAUAAAUUUAAGACUUAUUUUAAUUCUUGUGGUGCAGUUUCUUGGCAAAACGAAAUGAUUUCCCGUAGUUAAAUAGAUUUAACAUCAAAAUGGUGUCAAGUUUUACAAAAGACUGUGCCGUAUGUAGGUAAACUAACGAGUUCUACAAUUUGCUGACGACAUCGCAACAAUUUAAAGUUAUUUUUAAUUUUAAUUAAAAUAUAAAAAAAUGAUUUAUUUUAAUUUUCAAAUAAAAAUACAUACCUAUUUAUAUACGUUUUUCUUUUGCUCCCAGCUCAGCAGUGAAUCAAAUAAAUGGGAUAUUAUUAAUUGCACAUC